AUGGACUCGGUGAAGUAUUUAUAUGGAACGCCAUCAUUAGUGGGGAAAUUAACAAGAUGGUUAAUCAUGUUAUUUGAAUUUGAUAUUGAAUAUGUAACUAAGAAAACUAUCGAAGGACAAGCACUCACUAAUUUUCUAAUGGCACAUCUAGUUGAAGAUGAUGAACAGUGGGAGAUUGAUUUUCCUGAUGAACACUUAAACUUAAUAGAAAAGAAAGGAUGGAAGCUUUAUUUUGAUGAGUCAGCCUACACUAAAGAAGCGGGACUAGGCGUCUUGUUAGAAUCUCCACAGGGCGAAGUUAUUUCGAUGUUGAAAAGGUUGCGAUUUGUAGUAACGAAUAAUAUGAACUUCACAAAAGUAAUCUUCACAAAUAUUAGCAGAGUGAACACCAGAAUUCCUAAUGAUUUAGCCAAUCUGACAUCAACUUGGGAGGAAAUAUCCACAAUGCCAAAGAAGCCAUUUAUGAUGUCCUCGGGCAGCAUCCCGUGUUACGAAGGAGAACGGAUCAUGGAUAUGGAGAAAAAUUAUCAGCCAUGGUUCCAUGAUAUUUUGCAGUGGAUGACUAAAGGGGUUUAUCCAGAAUUAGUUACUAGAGAUGACAAACGAGCUUUAUAG